UGGAGAGGAGAGUUUGGCUCUGGACUUUAGCUGAAUGGCAGAUUCGCCCGCGACGUCGUCUUCUACAGUAAACUAAAAAUAUAAACAUUACUGAACAUGAACAGACAGAUACUCUGGUAGUGGUAGAGAGCUCCACCAUUACAAACCUAAAACCCAUCCAGUCCCAGUUUCUUGUUCUCUGUAACCCUCCAAUCGAAUCGCUGAAACCAAAUUCCACACUACAAAAACCCUGCUGCCCUCAUCAUCUUCGCCCAGAAUGGCCUCAACUAUGUCAUUUACCUUCAAGUGCAGGUGCAAGCUUCCUCAUUUCCAUUACAAGAUAGUCCACAAGGAGUUUCUGACACUUAGACCGAGAACUGCAGCAACAACCAGUAGGCAUCAUACCUCCUCCAUCUUCACCUUUCACCCUUGCCUUAUCCUUAACCCCAAUCCCCGCUCCUCUCCUCUUGUCCGCCCUGUCAGCAAUGACGGUGGUGGCGCAGUCGACGCCACCCCUCAGUCCUCCCCUUCUACUGAGGUUGAGGCAUUGGAGGGAAACUCUUCGAGCUCUGGGGAUGGUUACGUGGCUUUGUUUGUUCGGAUGCUUGGGUUGGACAACGAUCCUCUUGACAGAGAGCAGGCGAUUGUUGCACUGCGGAAGUAUGCACAAGGAGGGAAGCACUGUAUUGAUUCUAUUAUGCAGUUUCGUGGGUGCAUCAAUCUCACUGUUAACCUCCUUAAAUCAGAUUCUAGUUCUACUUGUGAAGCAGCUGCUGGCCUCCUACGGACUGUUUCCUCGGUUAACCUUUACAGAGAUUCGGUUGCCGGAAGUGGAGCAAUAGAAGAAUUAAUAGGCAUUCUAAGUCGAUCUUCUCUCUCACCGGAGGUGAAGGAGCAGAGUUUAUGUACUUUAUGGAAUUUGUCAGUUGAUGAGAAACAUAGAGCUAAGAUUGCGAGUGCUGAUUUCCUGCCGGCGCUUAUUAAGUUCUUGGAUGUUGAAGAAAUAAAAGUCAUGGAGGCAGCAGGAGGAGUGCUCGCAAAUUUGGCUUUGAGCCAGUCUAAUCAUAGCAUCUUGGUUGAAGCUGGUGUUAUUCCCAAGCUGGUAAGGCUAUGUAUCCAAAAUCAAAACCAAAUUCAGGCAAAGAUCUUAAAAGCUGAUCUGGAAGAAUCCAAAGUCAUCAGAAAGGAAGCAAAGAAUGCGUUGCUGGAACUUGCAAAAGAUGAAUACUAUAGAGUUCUUAUAGUAGAGGAAGGUCUGGUUCUAGUUCCUUUGGUUGGAGCAGAUGCUUACAAGUCCUUCAGACCAGCUUCACAUUCAUGGCCCUCUUUACCUGAUGGAACAGAAUUUGAAAGGAGUAACUCAGGUCCUUCAAGAUAUGGUGCCUCUGAGCUGCUCCUUGGAUUAAAUAUUCAAGACAAGAAUGUUAGCUUAGAGGAAGCUAAAAUGAAUGCAAUAGUAGGGCGAAGUCAACAACAAUUUCUUGCACGUAUUGGGGCCAUAGAAAUGGAAGAUGGAAGAAAGCCUUACUCUGGAUCAUUGAUGAAUGAGAGAUAUACACUCUUACCAUGGAUGGAUGGUGUUGCUCGCUUAGUUUUGAUUCUUGGACUUGAAGAUGUUACAGCCAUUUCAAGAGCUUCACACUCAAUCGCUGAUGCAGCUAUCAAUGAACACAUGCGAAUCUCAUUCAAGGAAGCUGGAGCUGUCAAGCAUUUAGUUCAGCUAUUAGACUGUAAUGAUGAUUCUGUUAGAGUAGCUGUUACUCAUGCUUUGGAGAGGCUUUCUGUCAGCAAUAAUGUUUGCCAAUUAAUUGAAGCAGAAGGUGCUAUAUUUCCUCUGGUUAAUUCUCUGAAGCACAAGGAGAUAUCAGAAAACCUUUUGGAAAAGACCAUGGAUAUUCUGGCCCGGAUUUUAGACCCUGGUAAAGAAAUGAAAUCAAAGUUUUAUGAUGGACCAGUAAAUGGAUUAGGAAAGUUAUUGAAUUCAACAACUGCAAAUGGUGUCAGAGGAAUAGUGGGUACUCCAGAUAAUAUGCCAGUCUCAAAAAGAACUGCUAGGGAAAGUAUAUUAGAUUUUGGUUUCAUUUCUUGCCUUGCUGACAUCUUGAAGACAUCAUCCCCAAAUUUGCAAAGAAAAGCUGCAUCCAUCCUUGAAUAUAUAGCAGUUAUUGAACCAUGCAUGGAUAAAAUCAUUGCAGCAGAUAUUGAAGCUGGGAUCUAUUCUGUUUUCCAACAAAUAUUUUUAGAUGACAUGGAAGAUGAUAUUGAUGGUUUGAAGCCAGAUAUUAAUGCCUUACAAGUUGAAGAAGCUGGUCUUGCAAUAUCUGCAGCAUCUAGACUGUUAACAAAACUGCUAGAUUUUGAGAAGUUUCGUUCUGCAAUAAAAUCAUUGCAAAUGAUGAGGGUGCUAUGUAAAGUACUGAAAUCAGACAUCCCACUUCAUAACAAAGAUUGGGUUGCAGCGUGCCUUGUAAAACUUGAGUCAUUGUCUGGUUCCCAUACAGAUCCUAGUAGCUCUAUUAACAUGGAGGUAGCUCUUUAUGAGACAAUUCCAAGACUAGUUGAACAGAUUAAAACGUCUUUCUCUUCAGAAGCACUAGAAGCUGCUGUUGUUGAACUUAACAGUAUAGUAUCCAAAGGAGUGGCAGAUUGCACAAGAAAGGUUGCUGCAGAGGGAGGGAUUUUCCCAUUGGUAAAGGUAAUUGAAGAAGGGAGUGGCAGGGCUGUGGAAGCUAGCUUGGCUAUACUGUAUAACCUAAGCAUGGAUUCCGAGAAUCAUCCAGCCAUCAUAGCUGCUGGGGCAGUUCCAGCAUUGAGGAGGAUUGUUCUUUCACAGGGACCAGAGUGGAUGCGUGCACUGCAUUUGCUCAGAACUUUGCCUACACAGUGAACAUGUAUGGUGGCACUUGGUCACGCAGCUUCUGGAUUUGAAUGAAAAUGCAACUGUAAGAGAUCUUGCCUCAGCCCAGUCAUUCAUCAACUAUUCUAUGUGAGCCGCGUCAUUUAAUGUACCCUGUUCACAUCUGAUGUAAUCAAUAGUUUCAAAAUGUAUAAAAAUCAUUCAUAAUUUUGGUACAUAUUAUCUAUUCUUGAAUCA